UCCAGAGAAUAGUUUUCUUAUCGUAGCUGAUCUUGAUACUCUUCUGACAAUGUCUGAUUGUGAGUUGAUUCUGGCCAGCUGGGGAAAAGUGGAGAGCAACCUUGCUGACUAUGGAGGAGAAGUUCUUACCCGUCUGUUCACAGAGCACCCUGACACCCAGAAACUCUUCCCCAAGUUUGUGGGGAUCCCAUGUGGUGAACUGGCUGGAAAUGCAGGUGUUGCAGACCAUGGCAAAACUGUUCUGACAAAACUGGGUGAGAUCCUCAAGGCAAAAGGCUCUAGUGAUGUCAUCAAGCCACUGGCUACAACCCAUGCCAACAAACACAAGAUUGCCCUCAACAACUUCAAGCUGAUCACUGAGGUCAUCAUUAAGGUGUUUGGGGAGAAGGGGGUGUGGGACACUGCUACCCAGGAUGCUUUCAGAAGUGUGAUGGGUGUCGUCGUCAAUGAGAUCGACUGUGUCUACAAGGAGCUUGGAUUCACUGGCUAGAUAUUUGUCCCCUACAGUGCCGGACAUUGCUGGGACGAAGUAAAUGGGUGUUUAUUCCACCAGUGGGAGUAGACUGUAAUCAAGACGCUUGUAUUCCUGCAAGUAAUGGUUUAACUGUGUAGUGUUGCUUACUUUUAAGUUUAAGCAUUAACAUGUGGUGAGCCUCAGUAAAGCAGUUCUUGUACCAUA